AAGUGAUUGAUUGCAUGAAUGGCAUCGUCUGAACUUUGGUCACCAUCAACAUCAUCAUCACCUUCAGUCCAAAUUCAACAACCUCAAUCUUCUGCGGCUAGAUUAUUCGACUUCUCUCUCAAUUUUGCCCAAUUUUCUUGCUCCGCUACUCGCUUUUUUCCAACUUUAACAUCCUUUUGCCUGAACCUGCUUCACAUCGUGGCAGAGCUUGAUUGAUGUCUGCUUGAAAGCUGGUUGAGCUUCUAAAGCUUGCGGUUGCCAAUCAAGCCAUAAUACAAAAGCAAAUCAGGCUCAAGCCCCAAUUCACAUCUGGUUGCCGACAUCGAUGGGUUCCAUACCAAAAGUGCGUAAUGCACGCAAUCUCGACUUAUCCAAUAUGAACCACCAAUACAGCAACUCUUCAAUGCCAUACAAGCAUGAAGAUGAUCCCAUUCACAUCACAUUCGACAAUUCACCUCAAAAUUACGGAUUUGAUGAUGAAGAAGAAGAGGAGGAAUUGAGAUACGGUAGGGUGGCAAGGGGGGUAACUCCUGAUGGAUACUAUGAAGAUAUAUAUGGACAAUACGCCCAAAUGGAUGAAAAUUUACACGAUAGUACCACCCCAUACAAAUCAACAACUGCACAUUUACAAAAUCCAGAAAAAGAUCUCAAUCGUAACCUAUCCACCUCCAAUCGAACAGAUUACACGACAUCUUCAUCUGUGUUUGGUGGAUUAUUGGGAUCAAAAAGAAACAAUACUACAAAUAUGGCUCAACGAUCCAACAGUAAAAGCGUCAAUGGCAUCAAUCGAACGCGGCAUCAGAGAGGGAUGCCCAGCACUGCCUUACUUUCCUCGCCUGCUUCAAGACGAUUCGGCUGGAUACCAUCAACCUGGCCAGCCCGGCUGUUUAUUCUAAUCACGUUCGUAGAAGCGGCUGCUGAUAUCAGUAUUGAGGCUGUGCUCUUGUUCAGAUUUAGAGAGUCGCAAGGUCAACUAUCCGUCAACGGAGGUAACUUGAGUGCUUUACCAGUCUUUUUGAUGGUUUUCGGUUUUGCACACGUUUACCAAUGCUUUUUGGCAAUUGAUGCAACUGUGAACAGAAACACAAUCUUGGUUUUCGGUUUGGUGAUCUUCAAUUUGGCAUUUUUGGUUUAUGCUUUAAUCCAAAUUUCGGAAAUACGGGAUGUCUUGGGUGAUGGAGUGAUUGCAGGAACUUCUCAAACGGUUCCCGUUCAGGUAUUAACAGGUGCGAUUCCUGUCAUCAUCGGUCUUUCCUCCCUCAUCUUUGCAAGUCUGGCAUACUUUCUAUGGAAGGAGUUCGGUUGGCAAAUCUACAAGACCAUCGGAGCUGAUCGAAGGCUGAAACGUGCACAUAUGCAUUUCCAAAUCUUCGUUUGUCUGUUGAAGUUUGACUUUUUCACCUUUAUUGCCUUUUGCGUUCAAUUGGUGCUUGUAGUGUUGAAUCGGGAUACUCCAGAAUUCUGGGUGACAGCGUUUGCGGCACCUGUGACUUUAUUCCUUCUAGUCUUCGCUUGGUAUAGCAUUCGCACAGAAUUGAAAUGGGGAACGAUCGGCUUUAUGAUCGCUUUAUGGGGUGGUGCAGGAUAUUUCGCAUACAAGCUUUUCCGGAUUUGGCAAAAUCGCUUGGGUCCUUACAGAGACGUUUACAAGAGUCUAACGGUGUUUUCAGUAUUAGCUUUGAUCCUGCUUCUGGCUACAUUUUUGAUGACGAUACGGUGUAUGAUGAACUUUGAUAUUGGCCUAAAAGCUGCUAUGGCGCGGUCUGCAGAAGAAAAGAAGGCAUCCAAAGGGGACGAACUUGCAAGCAGUAAUGGUCACGAACCUGUGAUUUCUUCUCCCUUCCAGUACGAACUGGACGGAAGAGGGAACCCAUUACCUAAUUCAACUAACACCCUUCGCACAAACGGGAAUGAGGACGAAGAUGCGGGAGGAUAUUUCGAGCCUUACAACCAAGCAAUGGCGUAUAGUCAAUCCACACAUGGACUUUUAAGCCCGAUCAGAAGCCCUCAAGGUUUGACACCUGUGAAGAGCACAUCAGCACAAAAUCUGGAACGACAUCAACAGACUCAUCGACUAAGUUUGGAUUGAUGCAAGUCAUGGUAAAAAAUAAUAAACAAAUUGUAUUGUAUCUCUUUUCACAUCUUGCACAUCUCUUGGACUGGAUCCAAAUCCUGGUAAUUGUGGCAUUGUUUUGCUUCAUACACACUCUCUUUUUGGCCUUUCUUUUUUUCGUUCAUACCCGCAGAUGGUGCAUAACGGACUUCUACCUCUUCUCUCUUUCUUUCUUUCAUUCGCACUUUUGCGAACGCAUUGUUACAGAGGUUUUCUUCCAGAUUUAUCAUAGUGUAUCCUAUAUCAAUAACAGAAUACCCUAUUCUUUUGGCAAACAUGGUUGAAUGAUAGAUGAUU